UGUUGAAAUAGCUGUAGUAUUUGCUCCAGACCAUCAGGAGGCGGAGGCGCAUCAGCGCUCUCUCUCUGAGCCUGAGAGAACGCGUCGCAGAGCCAUCCGCGGAUGUUUUUAAGUAGGCUGAGGUUACCUAGCAGUGAAAUCCAAUCCACGCUUACCUGUAACGGACAGUCAGGUAGACAUUACGCCAACUUCAAGACUUGAUCCGUUAGGUUUGUUUGUUCUUACAUAUAAUUCCUUUGGUCGAAACAAGCGAUGUCAGGCGGCUGCGGGCGGAAUCCUCCUCCUUUCCCUGAUAAUGAAGAUCAGGAGGCAGAAUUAGACACUCAAGUGCUGGACAGCGAUGAUGAUGAUGAUGAAGGCGAGGACAUAUUCACCGGCGCGAGGAGUAAACCGAUCACACCCACCUCAGCUCCUGAUGAAGGCGAUAUCUUCAGUGAGGAGGGCUCGUACGUCAGGAGCGAUGUCCAUCACGCCACUAAUGGCCUUCACUCUGAUGAAGAGCUGGAUCUGUUCACUGAGGCCACUGUAGAGCUGACACUCACUAACACCACCAGUCAAGGCAGGAGAGAGAUUAUUGGCCCGACCGCAUCGGCUUGCAACACCACACGUGUCCCUAAUUCCAUACUCAAACCCAGCAUUGUCACCAAGACCAUGGAGGAGUUGGAGGAGGAAGAGAGUGGAGACCAGUUUGAACUGAACAUUGCAGUCACUAAUCCAGAGAAAAUUGGAGAUGGCAUGAAUGCCUACAUGUCUUACAAAGUGUCGACACAGACUACACUGCCCAUGUUCCUUAAUAAGACGUUCUCCGUACGUCGACGUUUCAGUGAUUUUCUGGGACUUUAUGAGAAGAUAUCGGCCAAACACUCUCUGCUGGGCUGCAUCAUUCCACCUCCACCUCAGAAGAGUGUAGUUGGGAUGACUAAAGUGAAGGUAGGGAAGGAGGAUUCAUCCUCAGCGGAGUUUGUGGAAAAGAGACGAGCAGCACUGGAGAGGUAUCUACAGAGAGUAGUGGCUCAUCCAUCUCUAUUACAGGACCCGGAUGUUCGAGAGUUUUUAGAGAGAGAUGAGUUGCCCAGGGCAGUGAAUACUCAGGCUUUGAGUGGACCUGGCCUCCUAAAGAUGAUAAACAGAGCGUCGGAUGCAGUGAAUAAGAUGACCAUUAAAAUGAAUGAAUCAGAUAAUUGGUUUGAGAGUAAGCUGCAGGAAGUGGAGAAUGAGGAGCAGCUGCUGAGGAGGCUCCAUGCUGCUGUCGACUCAUUAGUAAACCACAGGAAAGAGUUGUGUAGUAACACAGUGGUGUUUAGUAAGAGUGUGGCCAUGCUGGGCAGUGUGGAGGAGAACUCUGCGUUAUCUCGUGCGCUGUCACAGCUGGCGGAAGUGGAGGAUAAGAUGGAGCAGCUGCAUCAGCAACAGGCCUUCAGCGAUUUCUUCAUCCUCGCUGAGCUCCUGGCCGACUACGUCAGACUGCUGGGGGCCGUGAGGUGCUGUUUUGAGCAGAGGAUGAAAGUGUGGCAGCGUUUGCAGGAGGCUCAGAGCACAUUGCAGAAGAAACGAGAGGCUGAGGCCAAACUGCUUUGGGCGAACAAACCCGAGAAGCUGCAGCAGGCUAAAGAUGACAUAAAUGAGUGGGAGUCUAAAGUCAGUCAGUAUGAGAGAGAUUUCGAAAGAGUCACCUGUACUGUGCGCAAAGAAAUGCUCAGAUUUGAGAAAGAGAAAGCCAGAGAUUUCAAACAGCACAUAGUGAAAUACCUGGAGUCCCUGCUUCACACACAGCAUAGGCUGGUGAAGUGUUGGGAGGCCUUCCUGCCUGAGGCCAAAGCCAUCGCUUGAUCAGAGCCUCACCUCACACGCUCCUAACCUUUGACCUUGACAACAGACAAUCAACAGUUCUCUCUUCCUAUUUCCUUUGCUCUCUGUGUGUGAAAUAACAUGUACAUCUUAAUACUCGCUCAUCGAUAAGCAGAUCCCCAGAUUGUGAUGGUAAACCUGUGCAGUGACACAACUGAAUGUUGAGUGUAAAGGUUAAAGGUCAGAGCGGCAUUAAAAAAGAACAGCUGUGUGUGGGGUGCAGCAAGAAUAUUUUUUUAUGUGUGCACGUAUGUGUGUGUUCAGUGUUAUCCUUAAGGUUUUUAAUGGUGCUUGGCCUGUGUAAUGUUUCAGUAGAGACAUUAAAGAUCGUCGAGUGUCAUUCUCUCUGUGUCAUGGAUGUGCAUAGCCUGGGGUGAGACUGAAGUUUGUAAUCCAUUCCAGAUAGAGAAAAACACUUGAGAUGUUCACGAAGCACUCAACUCAGCCUGAUGUUGCACCACAUUCUUAAAAUGAUAGCAAAGUUAGAGUACGAUAUAGAAAAAAAAAAGAUUCACAGACUAUGAAGGGAAAAUGUUUGGUGUUUUUUGAAAGAAGUCCCAUAUUUUGUGUUGAUAGUUUUGCACACAACAGUUGCACUGAUCUGAACUGGUCCAGAUAAAGGUCUACUUGCAGUAUAGGUGUACAAACAUUUCUAUUAAAAAUUCUAAAAGAACUUGUUAAAACAUACAUUAAUUACAAAAAAAGUUUAAUUAAUUUUAGGAGAAUGUGUAAAAACAUUUGUACUGUGGAUGCUUUUAGUCUUUAACAUGUAUGCACCGCUGGUGUAUUCAUGAUAUCACAAUACCUUGCAGAAACUGGGGCUUCAUUUAUAAAAUGCAUUUAUGAUCAGAUUUGCUCCUCAAUUCCAUGAAUUUGAUUCUAUGUCAAAAGUAAGGAGCAUUGGGAUUUAGCAUUGGGAAAAAGCAUGUGUAUGAACUUCUUGUGCUCAUAUACCAGUAAUUAAACUCGAUUAAGACCAUGUAAAGAUAAAUAGGCACACUAUGCAUUUAUAUUCACAAAUUAGCAAUAUUUUAACUGCUUUGUGAUGAUUAUGUCACUGCAAUUAGCGAAUUAUAUAUUAAUAAAGCCAUGACGUGAUAUUAGUGUGCAUUCUGUCAGUGUAGUUGAUGGACUUCUUCACAUUGCACAUAAACCGUGAUUUAUUAAGUUAUGCAUUUAGGGACAUUUUUGUGCAUACAGACAUUUUAUAAAUUGUUCAUAUGAACAUUUCAGAAACUUUCGUAUAUUCACACAUCAUUAGAUCAUUCUACGCAUGUCUAUAAAUGGGGCCCCAGGACCUUAAAUGACAUGGAUAUUGAGGGGACACCCCCAUAUUCAAAGCAAAGGUUCAUUAAUGGUUUUUUAAAGCCAGAUUUACACCAAUAAUGAAUUUUGGGUUAUAUGUUCUUGGUAAAAACAUGUUGGUUUGAAGCUCUUU